UUAAAAUUAUAUUAAUUCUCCGCAAAAAUGACUUUUGGAGUACUUUGUAAAAUAACAAGUGCGUUACUGGGUCUUAUGAAGGUUACAGAGGCGGCGGGAGUGCAGCCUCCACCGGUGAUCCGCGGAGGAAGGGGCGGAGGGAUCCACACGGAGCAGCGGCGCAGCCCGUCCUGAUGACGCAGUUGGUUGCUAGGUGUGAAAGAAGUGAUGCUUUGUCUGUAAGGUGUGCUUCAGUUUACAAGUCGACCACAACAAAGCAGCAUCUCAUCUUCUCGUCCUGCGCUGUCCUGGGUGUUCCGAGCUAAAAUAUGGCUCUUUAGAUUUUGCGAGGUGAAGGACCCGAAGAGAAGCCGUGCUUUGCCUUAGCAACGCACCCUCAAGUGCUCUACUGUUUUCUGCAAGAAUGGAGUUUCAUUAUGCUCACCCUGCCCUGCUCUCUGUGGCCCAUCUGUCAGACCCUGCUCGCCCUCAGCAUAUGCUUGGACUUGGACUGAAUCAAAGCAGCAAAAGACAAAAUGAUGGCAACAUCAGCUCAUGUUUGGAGGAGUCUUCGUGUCUGCCCGGCAGACCCCCACGCUCUCUCUCACCCACAGGCUAACCUCAGCCAAUCACAGGGGUGCAGGGGGGAGGUGUCAGAGGAGAGUCAGCACUUAAUUGGUGAGUUGCAGCAAGUACGUUUUUUUAUAUUUUCUCCAUUUCAGGUGGGUUCAGCACUGCACCACAUUCGUCCUUCUCGAACAGUGAUGGUCUCACUGACUGGAUGACGGAAGAAGUGGAUUUUUCCUCGUACCUCCCAAACCCUCCUUCCCCUCCCUCCUCCACCAAUGCCUCCCUUCCCCCGUCACCCCUUCAGAGCGAUAUUCAGGUGCCCUCUGACUUGGAGGUCAUGACCUCUCUGCUGCAAGAGGAACUUGCCCAACUAGAGGACUACUUCCUGUCUGAACCACUGCCAGAGAAAGGACCAAGGCUGGGAAAAUGCGACAGGGGGCAACUACCGGCGGCGCCUCAGCCGUUCUGUCAGCUGCCACACUCGUCCUACGGUACAUCCAACCAAUCGGAGUCCAAUCCGCUUCUCGUUACCCUAACAACUGGAGAACUGGACCUGCUGAGCAUCUGUGGUGGGCCCAUUGGCCGAUCCAAAAUUCCAAGACACACCCCAUACAGCUGUAGUCGCCCCAGUGGAUGCGGUAGAAAAAGAGUCCUUGAUAGUGUGAGAUUAAGUGAUGGUUAUGACAGCAGCUUUUUGAGCUCCAAAGUUAGUAACUCAGGUAACUCAACCGUUGCCCUUACAGGUAACUACAGUUGUGUGGAGGAUGACUCCCUGGCAGGGAAAAGCUACUGUCUGGGUAGUGCAGUCGAUGUUCGACGAUGUUUGCCCAAAGAAGAGAAAAACUAUUGCUUUAGUCAAGACAUGAUAGGUGGUGCAAAGGUUGUUGGUGGUGGAUUUGGCUUUGGUGGAUCGCUAGACACGGCACUCAGAAAAGAGGAUGUCUUGAUGUACGGCAUGAGGGAUGUCAGUGGGAGCGCUGGCAACAGCGAGGUGCUAGGCAGCAUCAAGACUAGUGUGGAGGUCACGAAAGCUACUGUUUCAUGGAAGAGCGACAGCAGCCAUAGUACUUACAUUCCACCAACACCACAGUCUGAGGCCUACCAUAGCUUUUUAGGAAACAUCAACGAACAGGUGAAAAGCGAAGGUCUACAUAUAGUUCAACCUGAUUUGCACGAAAAUUACCUUGAGGAUCAGGCUGCAGAUUGUUUUUUAAUGACUAGGGAGGGUAUGAACCUGGAAUCCUCGGGGCACAGACAAGCCUGCAGACUGAAAGAAGACCACUGUGCUGUGAAAUACGAAGUAGAGAUCAUUCCACACGAAGGCGGAGAGCGCAAGCAAAAGAAAAGAGAUCAAAACAAAACUGCUGCCCACAGGUAUCGCCAGCGAAAAAGGGCGGAGCUAGAUUCUUUGGAGGAACAACUGCAUUGCCUUGAGGGGCGGAACCGAGAGCUUCGGGACAAAGCGGAGUCGGUGGAACGGGAGAUCCAGUACGUCAAAGACCUGCUGAUUGAAGUUUACAAGGCCCGUAGUCAAAGGCUCAAGCAGGACACAACGGUGUGACAGCACAUUCCUGCAAGUACAC